GUGCCGUCAUAACAAUUCGUUAAGUUUUCGGUGUUUGUUGUUGUUUUGUUUGACAGUUCGAGCUCGAGCGAGGCAACAUAUCGAAAGGUGUCGUCGCGGUGUCAUCUGCCGAGGCCAGUGCGAUCUCAAAUUCCCUUUCGAACGUAUCGGUGCAGCCCUGCUUUGGGGUUUCAGUUCCUGCAAAUUGAGCUGUAUAGCAGGAGGCUAACUUGUGCUGCACUUUCGGUGCCCGAAAAGAGUGUGCGAGAGACCAUCAACUGAUUACUGCAUUAGUGGGGUACUUGUGGUGAGGUAAAGUGUGUAGUAUUCUGGUUUUUUGCGACACAUACGUAAGCAUAAUGGCGUAGUCAGUGCAACCGAGUGAAACUGUCUGUGACGACGUGGUGGAAAAUUGCUAUUCUAGAAAAUCGAGUGAAAUCCGGAACACGGGUCCGACACGCGGUGUCCCGAGAGACUGGGUGAGUUUGUUAUCGGGAAAAAGAUAACCGAUAGGUGCGGUGCAACGUGUGAAAGUGACAUAUUUGGCAAUCUAACUUUCAACUUUUGUUGCUGACUACUGCGUUGAGAACAGCAAUACGCAUAUCCAAAGAAGGUCACCUGCCUAUCUUUCCCCCACUCAGCAACCAUUUGAGACGUUGAGGCAUUUUAUUAUCGAAAAUGACUCCGAUCGGAGAAAUUAUAACCCACUACCAGAAAAGCAUCGACCGAUCGCUGGACAACGAGCAAAGGCUGCUGCACUGCAUCAACAAGCUGUAUCGAUUGCCGAUCUUGGUGCAGCACCUGCAGGAAACCGGCAUCGGUAGGACGGUGAAUGGGUUGCGCCGGCACGAUGGAGAGGUCGGGGUCGCCGCCAAAGCCCUGGUCACCAAAUGGAAACGGAUGGUAGCGGCCGAAGAGGACGAUGAUGGCCAGAAUGGGGAAGAGGAGCCGGAGGAAGACGACGAGGACAGAGGCCAUCAGGACCGAUCAGCUGGCAGGGGAGACGACCAAUCGGCAUUUUCAUCGCGGGAUGAUCGGGAUCAAGAUAUGUCGGAGAACUAUCUGGAACAAGAUGAUGGGUACGAUGAAAAACCGUUGCAAGUCGAUGAGCAAUUGUAUGAUGACGAGGUACCGAUCGACUACGAAGAGGAACCGGCCAAGUCACGAGAUUUAUCUGAACAGGAAGACGACGACGUAGAUAACGACGAAAAUAAUUAUGAAGGAACUCCGAACGGAUACCAUCCACGAUCGAUGGAAGAUGAUAGUGAGCGAGUAAGCACCAGCAGUAGCCAUCGACAUCGAGAACGGAGAUCCAGUCACGAUAGUGACAGUAGGAAGAUCGAUACAGGCCACCGAAGUAGUAGCAGUAGGAGUAAGUCAAAGGAGUACUCCCACAGCAAGAGCAAGAGCUCGUCAUCUUCUCACUCGUCGAAGGAAGGUGGAAAUGGCAGCAGCAGCAUUAGGUCCAGGGAUCGGGAUCACGAUCGGAAGAGUGGCUCUUCGUCGUCUUCGAAAAAAUCGUCGAGCCAUGAUAAGGAUAGGGAAAGAUCUGGGAAACAUACCAGCAGUAGUAGUAGUAGUAGCCGCAAAGAGUCUAACCACUCAAAGGCUAAAGAAAGUAGUAACUCUCAGAGGGAUAAAGACUCAAGCAGCAAACAACACUCGAGUUCCUCCAAGAGUUCCUCAAGCAAGCAUGACAAGGAGUCUUCCUCGAGUAGCAAACGGCAGCUUUCGCCGGAAAGGUCAGAAGAUGAGAACGUUUCUAAAAAGAUAAAGAAGGAAGAAUCCAGCAAAUCGAGUGCAAAGGAAAAGUCCAGCCGCGUUAGCAGUAAGACUUCUAGUAGCAAGGAUAGGACCAAAAAAUCUUCAGACAAAAAAAGAGAAUCUUCAUCUAAAAAGUCAAGCCCAAAAGCAAACACAUCUGACGAUGAAGAAGAAGGGAUCAAUCAUUCUGAGGGAACCAGUUUUGACGCCGUCAUGGCCAUGAUGGAUAUGCCGUCUUCAUCGAAAAAGAAGCAGCCCGGCAAAGGGCUGGAAAAAGAUAAAUCAUCGUCCUUCAGCAUGCCACCGCCGGCGCAGAAAAUCAAAACGGAAAAACAGUCCCCUAGCUCCUCGGGCAAAAGCCGCGAAGCCCGAUCUCCGAGCACUGCCUCCAGCAGUAGUGGCUACAGCAGCAGUUCCUCCUCCUCAACGCCCUCCCUACUGAAGCAGAAAGUUAAACUGGAACCAUUGCCGGACGCUUCGGAGUUGGUAGAAUCGCUACCAACCAUUUCUCCCAAUUAUCGACCGAUGCCGCUGAACCAGGUCGUGAUGGAUUGUGUGUUUUCCAACAACGGCAAGGCUCAGCGGUCGAUUCUGACCGAAGAAGAGACCCUCGGCCACAGCAUGCAGUCCAAAAACCUUCGCACCAAAGUUUUCUCCGGCAUCAAAACCUUCACUGGAAUCGUGCCCAGCCUGUACGACCUGUGCAUCCGACUCUUACAGGAAAAUAUCGAGCUGCUGGAUUGCACCGGCGGAAUUCCGUUCGAUAUGCUCAAGCCGGUCCUGGAACGUGCCUCCGCUAAACAGCUAGAAUAUCUGGAAGAAGUGAACCCGUACCUGUUGGAGGACACUGACAUCCUUUGGGAGCAGCACUGCAAACGACUCUUCCGAAGCCAAAAACGAAAGGAAGAAGAGUGCGAGUCCUGGCGGGAAAUGUACGCUCGUUGUUCAAAAGAAAGAGAGGUAAAGCUGAACCGUUUGACAGCCAACAUCAAGAUGGCCCAGGUAGAACAGACGGCAGCGGUCAGGAGAUCCCAGCUGGCCUACGUUGAUGCAUCGAUGGUCAAACCUCCUCGACAGGUGAUAAGCAAGCAAAUCAAGUACGGCACAGCCAAGGCUCCGGUUGUUUCGCCGGCUGCUCGGGUAGCAUCACUGAAGAACGUGGGCGGCAACAUAACUGGGGCUGGAGAUUCCCGGCUCAAAGUUGCCCCCGGCGUUCGGGACAACGCCCAGGCACAUGUUUUUGCACCCACCAAACCGAAGAAAGCCCCUCUUAUGGCAAAGGUGAUGACGUCCAUUAAAGGCUUCAAAGGUUUCCGCCGGUAGGUUUCCUUAUCGUUUUCAAUUGAUGAAAAACCAAAAUCGUAUAAACAUCACUAUGGAGAUACAACAAAAAAAAAAACUCAUGCAUGAGUACGGAAACCCAUAAGCAGCAGCAACAUCACUUUUGUGCGAAAUUGCGUUUUCACUGGUAUCGGGGAACGUAAGGCGAUCUCCAUCGAAUUGGUAACGAAAAACAAGGAAACGCAAGCUGAACACAGAAACCUGUUGAUCAGUUAGAGCAGUAGUCUCAGGGAAUGGUGGGAACAGGCUCCGCAUUGUUGAAAGGCUUUUGAUGUGUCCAGUUAAGAUUACGAUUUUAAUCGAAUAGCGAAGGAAAUAAAAAAGCAGAUACCAGCUCUUUUUGGUCUCGAACAUGCAACCUGCGCUAAAUAGUAUCGUAUUCAAGGAAAUUGUUUAUAUUGAAAUUAUUUAUAUUAGUUUUUUUUAUGAAAUUUUAAACAAAAAAAGUAUGAAAGAAGUCAUUUCGCCAAAUAGAAAUGUCGGUUCUAGGUUUUUGUCAUGUUAAACCAUUAUUGGUUCAGCGGUUGUGUCUUCAUUAUUUCGCCUAUCCCUGUAAAUAGUUAGAUUUUCUAGUUAUAGUGCAAACUCAAAUAUAAUAAAUACAAACAAUUGAAUCUAUCAACAUAAUGUAGUCCAAUAUAUUCUUAAAUAUGUAGAAAUAUAACAGACUGCUGGUAGCAAAAAAUAA